CAGUUGAUAUGUCAGACUUGAAGGUGGAAAGGUUACUUAAGUGGAUCAAUAACACCGGAGAGGAAGAGAUUUCAAAUCCUUCUUCCCAUUCCUUCAUAUCGCCGAAAUUGACCAUUGAAAACUUCCAAUCAACUGGUAGAGGUUUAGGAGCAUCAAGUCCAAUUAAUAGGAAUGAAAACAUCAUCAAGAUUCCUCAUUCUUUUCUUUUGAAUACUAACUCGAUAAUACGUCACAUAGCUAAACAUAAUGAUCAGAUAAAGUUGACCGAAGCUCAUUACCUCAAUAUAUAUGUGCCUUAUAAUAGUGACAAGAUCCAGGAUAAAUUCACUGAUAUUUACACAAAGUUACUGUUAGAAGAGCUCCUUGACUUGUCAAGCGUUCAAUUGAUGUCAUUAUAUAUAUUAUUUGAAUUUCAGAGGGGCAAGAACUCUUUUUGGAAGCCUUUUAUAGACGUUUUACCAUCCGUUGAUGAUUUCAUUCUCAGUCCUUUAAUUUGGGAAGUUAUGAAGGUAGCCCAUCACGAAGAAUUGCUCAGUCUACUCCCGAAAAGCGUGAAAAAACACACAAGUGACAUGCUCAAACGAUUCACGUCUGAUUUUAAAGUUGUCAAAUCUUUGAUUGCAAAAAAAUUGGAGAUAUCGUCUGAUGAAAUCAUAGAAUCAGAGUAUCUACCUAAAGAUAAAUAUUUAUGGGUUUGGAUGUGUAUAAAUUCACGUUGCUUGUAUAUGAACAUUCCCCAAAGCAAGAAUAAGGACGACAACUUCACCAUGGCACCCUACGUUGAUAUUUUGAAUCAUUCCUGUGACGAUCAAUGUGGAAUAAAAAUUGACGUAUCCGGUUUUCUGGUUUACACAACAAGUAGGUACGAGAAAGGGCAACAAUUAUUUUUCAGUUACGGUCCUCACAGUAACGUUUUCUUACUUUGUGAAUAUGGGUUUACUUUACCAAAAAAUAGCUGGAACUAUCUAGACAUAACAGAUUACAUUAGCCCCUUGUUGAAGCCAAGUCAGGUUGAUUUUUUAAAAGAGCAUGACUACUACGGUGAUUAUACUAUCAAUGCACUGUCUGGUAUCUCAUUUAGAACAGAAGUAGCCUUUGCAGUACUUCAAGAAAAUAUACCUCAUGAAUCGAGGAAGCUAGCAGCCUUAAUUAAUGGGUAUUCAGAUGGAUCAGGGUAUAAAAGAAACACCAACAUUUUGAUAUCAAAAAUUCUUGAAAAGGUGAUCUUCAUUUGCGAUAAAAAUACCAAGUUGGAAUUCUCUAAUGACGACGGAAGUGAAUAUAUUGCUAGAAAGAAAACAAUCGGAACGCUAUACCGUGAUAUGAAAAACAUAGCAUCUACCACGAUUCAAAACAUGGAUUGAGUUUAAAUUUACAAUAAUGUACAUUAG